AGGGGAAUCAGACCUGGUGGUGGGGGUGGCACAGGUGGCCAAGGAGAUAAUGGGGAGGCGGAGACAUGUGGCUGGAGGAAGAGCAGCACUUCAGAGGACCCCAAGGAGCCCAGGGACCUGGGCUCGAGUCCUGGCCAUGGCUCUCAGCAACACGUCACUUGUCUGAGUGUCAGCCCCUCUGUGUCCAGUGGGGACAGUGAUCCUGGACGGGAGCAGUUCUUCAGGGCUCUGAAGAGUCAUAGUGAGGAAACGCUGAGGACCUCUAGUUGGGGGGACUCUCUUCCAUCCCCCAUCGCCCUCUGAACCGCUGGUGACCAUGGCUACUUCCAAGGUGCCAGCGGUGUCCAGGGAUGAAGACACCACCAUCCUCAUGGCCAAGGAAGAGCUGGAGGCCUUGAGGAGCGCCUUUGAGUCCGGCGAUCUCCCCCAGGCUGCCUCUCGCCUCCGGGAGCUGUUGGCCUCCUCCGAGUGCAUCCGCCUGGAGGUUGGUGUCACAGGCGAGUCUGGCGCUGGCAAGUCCUCCCUCAUCAAUGCCCUUCGUGGCCUGGGGGCCGAGGACCCCGGGGCGGCGCUCACCGGCGUCGUGGAGACCACCAUGCAGCCCUCCCCCUACCCGCACCCACAGUUUCCCGAUGUGACCCUGUGGGACCUGCCGGGGGCAGGCACUCCGGGCUGCCCCGCCGACAGAUACCUGAAGCAGGUGGACUUCAGCCGCUAUGACUUCUUCCUGCUGGUGUCCCCCCGCCGCUGCGGGGCCGUCGAGACCCGCCUGGCCGCCGAGAUCCUGCGCCAGGGCAAGAAGUUCUACUUCGUGCGCACCAAGGUGGACGAGGACCUGGCGGCCACCCGGACCCAGCGUCCCUCGGGCUUCAACGAGGCUACGGUGCUGCAGGAGAUCCGCGACCACUGCGCUGAGCGUCUGCGGAUGGCGGGCGUGGCGGACCCGCGCAUCUUCCUGGUGUCCAACGUGUGGCCUGGUCGCUACGACUUCCCGCUGCUCGUGUCCACCUGGGAGCACGACCUGCCGGCCCACCGGCGCCACGCGGGCCUGCUGUCGCUGCCUGACAUCUCGCUGGAGGCGCUGCAGAAGAAGAAGGACAUGCUCCAGGAGCAGGUGCUCAAGACCGCGCUGGUGUCCGGAGUCAUCCAGGCCCUGCCCGUGCCGGGGCUGGCAGCUGCCUACGACGACGCCCUGCUCAUCCGCUCGCUGCGCGGCUACCACCGCAGCUUUGGCCUGGAUGACGACUCGCUGGCCAAGCUGGCGGAGCAGGUGGGCAAACAGGCGGGGGACCUGCGCUCGGUCAUCCGUUCGCCGCUGGCCAACGAGGUGUCUCCCGAGACCGUCCUGCGGCUCUACUCACAGUCCUCUGAUGGAGCCAUGCGGGUGGCCCGUGCCUUUGAGAGGGGCAUCCCCGUGUUCGGUACCCUGGUGGCCGGGGGCAUCAGCUUCGGCACCGUCUACACUAUGCUCCAGGGCUGCCUCAACGAGAUGGCCGAGGACGCCCAGAGGGUGCGCAUCAAGGCCCUGGAGGAGGACGAGCCGGAGCCCAAGGACAGCUUGGAGGCUGCAGGGGACAAUGGCGUGGAAAAGCACGGGUCCGGAGAGGGAAUCGGCGAGGACGCCCCGCUCUCUGCCCGCCGAAAGCUGGGCCUCCUUCUCAAGUACAUUCUUGACAGCUGGAAGAAACGUGACUUCUCAGAGGAGAAAUAAAAACGCAGUCCCCAACCAACCCCCUGCCUCACCCACAAACCAAGCCUUAACAAAAUCGACCAAACAAACAA